AUGGCCGGCUUCACUUCCACACUGCCCCGCACGCUUCUAUCUCCAUCCUUAUACACCCAUGUACACAAUGUUUGGUUUCAAGGCGUAGCACCUCAUGCCAAGAUUGCCUCACGAGAAGCAAUGACGCGUUGGUUCGGCCAGGGAUCCCCGGAAGACCGUCGAGCAUUUGACGACACCUGCACGAAAGAGUUCGCGGCCGCUCUAGAGUCCAUCGGACCCGAAAAGUUCCCUCUUCCGCCUUCGAACAGCUUUUCAGAGGAGUCUGCCGCAGCCGAAUACAUUGCAGGUCCAUUGAUGCAAAGCAUCAACACCUCGGACGGAGAAACCAAGAGCAUGCAGACACUUGCACUCAUUCUUCUGCUCGAUCAAAUACCCCGAAACAUAUUCAGGACACGCCAGGCCGUCAUCUACACGCAUUACGAUCGGCUUGCAGGGGCAGUUCUCCGCAGCCUCAUGAGUGCUGAAUCGCGCCCUGACAUGCAUCCCUCGCUCCGAUUGGCGCCGGCGCGGCACCACGAGACAUACAUCAAAGUUGCCAGCGAGAUCCUAGAGUUCGAGAAGAGGCAUAAGCAUCUGAUCGAGCGGUUUGGGAGGUAUCCGCACCGUAAUGCGCAGCUGGGCAGAUCGAUGACGAAAGAAGAGGAGGAACACCUUCGAAGCGGAGGAGAACACUUCGGAACCGCAGUGUAA